AUGUCCCGUAGGGGAACAGGGACGGAGCGGGACGGGGACGGGGGGGGACGGGGGGGGAGGCCGGACCGGGAAGGCUGCGGGGGGGGCACCCCCCUGACGGGGCGGCUGCGGGUGCUGGCGGCGCUGGGCGGCUGCGGACUGGUGCUGGGCUCGGCGCUGGCUGCGGGUGAUGAGCGGCUGUACGCGGCGGCGAUGCCCGUGCUCCGGGCACUGCCCCCCGAGGCCGCGCACCGGGUGGCUCUGCGCGUCGCUGCCCUGGGACUGCUGCCUCCCGCCCGUCCCGACAGCCCAGCCCUGGAGGUGCGGGUGUUCGGGCACCGGUUCUGUAACCCGGUGGGCCUGGCAGCUGGGUUCGACAAGCACGGAGAGGCGGUGAACGGGCUGUACAAGAUGGGCUUCGGCUUUGUGGAAGUCGGGACUGUAACACCCCAGCCCCAGGAGGGGAACCCCCGGCCCAGGGUGUUCCGGCUGGUGGAGGACGAGGCUGUCAUUAACAGGUAUGGGUUCAACAGCCACGGCCAUGCUGCGGUGGAGCGCAGGCUGCGGGCCCGCCAGGACACACAGCUCCGGCUCACUGGUGCGGGGAUGCCCCUUGGAAUCAACCUGGGCAAGAACAAGAGCUCCACGGAUGCUGCAGCUGACUACGUGGCUGGGGUCCGGACACUGGGCCCUUUGGCUGACUACCUGGUUGUGAACGUGUCCAGCCCAAACACGCCAGGGCUGCGGCACCUGCAGGCCAAAGCUGAGCUGCAGGACCUGCUGACCAAGGUACUGGCAGCACGGGACGCAUUGACCUGCACACACAAACCAGCUGUGCUGGUGAAGAUCGCCCCUGACCUCAGCACACAGGACAAGCAGGACAUUGCCAGCGUUGUCUGUGAGCUCGGUGUGGAUGGGCUGAUUGUCAGUAACACCACCGUGAGCCGGCCCAGCAGCCUCCAGAGCAGCCAGCGCUCCCAGCCCGGCGGCCUCAGUGGGAAGCCGCUGCGGGAGCUGUCCACACAGACCAUCAGGGACAUGUACACCCUCACCCGCGGCCGGGUGCCCAUCAUCGGGGUGGGGGGUGUGAGCAGCGGGCAGGAUGCCCUGGAGAAGAUCCGUGCUGGAGCCUCCCUCCUGCAGAUGUACACAGCCCUUGUGUACCAUGGACCACGGGUGGUGCAGGUGGUGAAGCAUGAGCUGGAGGAGCUGCUCAGGGAACAGGGCUUCAGGAAUGUCAUGGAGGCAGUUGGAGCUGAUCACCAGUCCUGACACGUUGCAGAGCCAAGGUCACACUGGAGGGGGUCUGGACAAGCAGGGAAAUGUCUUUCCAGUGCUGGGCAGGCUGGGACUAAGCUGAGGGCCUGGUCCCAGCCUCUGGGGAGGGUCAGUGCUGGUGGGGAGCAGGGAAAGGAGCCUCCUGCUGCUGCCCAGGGCUGUAUUUUGGCUCUCUGGUGUUUGGGUUCCCCAGCAGAAACCAGCACCAGGUAAGGCUCUGCUGGCUCAAGGAAGCCCCUGCGGGUCAGCCCUGUGUGCUGUGGGCUGUGCUCUGCCCCAGCUCCUGCUGCAGCACUGCCCAUGGAGGACUUCCUUCCCCUGUGGUACUGCCAGAGCCGUGCACCAGACAGUGUAUGGGGUGUCCCUGCUGCCUGGGACCCCAGGCCCUGCCCUUGCUGGUGCCUGGUCCUGCACCACAGCAGGAUCUGCCCUCAUCCCUGUGUGGUACUGAUGCAGACCUUGGUCCUGCCCAAGCAUCAAUAAAUGUUUGUUUCCCCA